AUGGUCCGCCUUCCCCUGCCGCCACGCUUCAUCAGCUCCAAGAGCACCUCGUCCACCCAGCAGAGUCGAAGUACCAGCCCCAUGAGAAACCAGGCCGAGAAUACCCUGAUUUUGAGGACGACAGUGAUCAAGGGAAGGGGUCUUGCGGCGAAGGACAGAGGGGGCACAAGCGAUCCAUAUUUAGUGGUGACCCUGGGGAAUGCGCGCGAGUCGACGCCGACCAUCAGCAAAACCCUCAACCCGGAUUGGAACGUAACGUUCGAACUGCCCGUGGUCGGGGUGCCGCUGCUGGAAUGCGUUUGCUGGGACCAUGACAGAAUUGGGAGAGACUACCUGGGGGAAUUCGACAUCCCGCUGGAGGAGAUUUUCGCGGAUGGAGAAAUCCAUCAGCAGCCAAAAUGGUACACACUCCUAUCGAAACGAAGGCCGGGCAGGAAAAAGGAGAGCGUCGUGUCUGGCGAGAUCCUCCUCCAAUUCUCUCUCUACGAUCCAUCCAAUCCGACAGCCUCACCACAGGAUACGUACCGGAAAUUUCGAUCCAUAGUAUGCGCCGGGGAGGAGGAUGAGUCGCUCUCGCACGUUGAACACGAAGACCUCGAUAAAGAUGACGAAACGUCGGAUGAGACUGAUGAUCCUACAAAACCCGAAGUGGUGGAGAAGCGCAAGCGACGGCUUCGUAUUGCGCGAUUAAAACGUAAAUCUCUUGCCGCACGGGCUUAUCAGUUCUCCGGAGCCGGAAAUGGUGUCGAGGGUAUUGUGUUUAUGGAGAUCUCCAAAAUCACGGACCUCCCUCCGGAGAGGAACGUGACCAGGACGUCAUUUGAUAUGGAUCCAUUCGUCGUGACGUCUCUGGGGAGGAAAACGCUCCGAACACGAGUCAUCCGGCACAACUUGAACCCGGUAUUCGACGAGAAAAUGGUGUUCCAGGUGAUGAAACACGAACAAAACUACACGAUCAGUUUCACGGUAAUGGACCGAGACAAGCUGUCAGGCAAUGACCUCGUCGCGACAGCCGACUUCCCGUUACAAACCCUCAUUGCGGCCGCCCCGGAGGCGGAUCCGGAGACUGGUCUCUACAAGCUUCAAGAGCCGUCGGCCGUUGCUCGGAACCCUCCCGCCUCGAAACCACGGUUUCGACUACCAAUGUCUCGUUCUACGUCGGGGACGAGCUUGUCCAAGAUCCCCAAACCUACGUUGAGACCCAGGACCUCGAAUACAUCCCUGUCCAGUCAGGUGGUGUCCGAGCAACAACCCCCGACUCCUCCUCCCAGCGGUGUUCCUACUGAUCCCAGCAAUUCCUUAUUGACCGCCCCGGGAGCCGCGAGUGACGAAGUCACCUCUCCCACUCAGGACAGUUCAGAUGACGAUGAUCUUAAAGUUUAUCGAAUCCCCCUUCUGUUGAAGAACAAGGAGCGUUGGGAGGACAAGCAUGCCCCGGAGCUCUAUGUAAAGGCCAAAUACAUGCCCUACAGGGCGCUGCGCCAACAAUUUUGGAGGGUCAUGCUGAAACAGUAUGACACUGAUGAUAGCGGUCGCAUCAGCAAGAUUGAACUGACGACCAUGCUCGACACGCUUGGCUCCACGCUGAAAGAUUCCACCAUUGAUGGCUUUUUCAAGAGAUUCGCCUCUGAGAACCAAUCCGGCGAGACGACUGAUCUGACCUACGACCAGGCCGUGAUCUGUUUGGAGGAUGCACUGCAGGCGAUACAGAAGAAGAGUUUCGGAAAUAUUGGAUCCAAGAUCCACAACGCCGCGCCAAGUUCUGUCUCGUCAGCAGGAGGCAGCGGGAGUCCAGACCCAUCCAGUCGUGGGGAUAUUACCGCGGAAACAACUGAUUCCCUCCCAUCGAAUGUUGAUCCUCAAAAAACUGAAGUGCCCACUCUCUCGGAAGCGGAACAACCGACGGCUGGGGAUGAAGAUCUCGCGCCUGAUGAUCUCAUUGAUGAGAGCGGUGAAGAACACGUCAUUGAAAUCGGAGAAUGUCCUCUGUGCCAUCAACCUCGGCUCGCCAAACGCUCCGAUGCGGAUAUCAUUACGCAUCUCGCAACUUGCGCCAGUCACGAUUGGAGACAGGUGGACAAUCUCGUCAUGGGUGGGUUCGUGACAUCUAGUCAAGCUCAGCGGAAGUGGUACACCAAAGUGAUCACAAAGAUCUCUUAUGGCGGUUACCGGCUGGGCGCGAAUUCUGCCAAUAUUCUCGUUCAGGAUCGGAUCACUGGACAGAUUAACGAGGAACGGAUGAGUGUCUACGUUCGUCUUGGGAUCCGCCUGCUCUACAAAGGUCUCAAGAGUCGGGAGAUGGAGAAGAAACGAAUCCGGAAGUUGCUCAAGUCCCUGAGUAUUAAGCAGGGCCGGAAAUACGAUGAUCCUUCGUCUGCCAGUCAGAUCGAAGGUUUCAUCAAUUUCCAUCGACUGGACAUGUCUGAAGUCUUGCUUCCUGUAGAAGAGUUCAAGACCUUCAAUGAAUUUUUCUACCGGAAGCUGAAGCCAGGCUCACGACCAUGUGCCGCUCCGGACAACCCCAAGAUUGUCGUUUCCCCCGCCGACUGCCGAACCGUGGUAUUUGAUCGCAUCGAUGACGCUACAAAGAUCUGGGUCAAGGGAAGAGAAUUCUCCAUAGAGAGAUUGCUGGGGACAGCUUACCCUGAAGAUGUGAAACGAUAUAAGAACGGAGCUCUCGGAAUCUUCCGUCUGGCCCCGCAGGACUACCACCGGUUUCACAUCCCCGUGGACGGGGUCCUGGGCACGCCGAAAACGAUUGAAGGGGAGUAUUACACGGUGAACCCGAUGGCCAUCCGCUCCGCACUGGAUGUAUACGGUGAAAACGUCCGGGUCUUGGUCCCCAUUGAUUCAGUCGCACACGGCCGGGUCAUGGUCAUCUGUGUGGGUGCCAUGAUGGUCGGCAGUACAGUUAUUACCCGUCAGGCUGGCGAGAAGGUAACGCGUACCGAAGAGCUCGGGUACUUCAAGUUCGGCGGUAGCACUGUUCUCUUGCUAUUUGAGCCCGGGAUGAUCAACUUUGACAGCGACCUGGUUGAUAACUCCAAGAGUGCCCUGGAAACAUUGGUGAGUGAAUCGUCCUCCUUGUGUUUGCCGGCAUGCCUCUCUAACUUGCGUUGUUCGCCACUGCAGAUUCGGGUAGGCAUGUCCAUUGGCCACAGCCCCGACGAGCCACAAUUUGAACCCGAGACGCAGAAGAAACCAGAGCAUAUUUCGCUGGAGGAGAAACAAGAAGCGAAACGAAGAAUUUCAGGCAACCUGGCGCCACCACGUCAGACGGAUGCAUAA